GUUGCGAGGUUUUGCCAGGUUUAGGUUGUGACCCAAUAGCCGACGGAGCCCGUUCCUCGGCGUUAGACUCCUGCUUUGCUUGGGGAAGUAUGCUGUAGUGUGAUCACCUAUCAUUCCACUUGAUCUUGAAAUUAAUACGCCCCGAAGUGAAAUGAGCACUAAAGAGACAGUCCUGCCCUACUUGCCAUGGCUUGGCACGGCAGCUGCAUUAGGCUUUGCCUUCCUGGCCUAUAGGUCAUACGGCAAGGCAAAGGGACGCGUUAACUUGCAAAUCGACAUGACUAACCCCAAAAUUGUGAAUUCUGUUGACAUCGAGGACAUUGGAAACAAAGCAGUCUUCUGUCGUUGCUGGAAGUCCAAGAAGUUUCCUUAUUGUGAUGGAUCACACAACAAACACAAUGAAGAAUGUGGUGACAAUGUUGGCCCUUUAAUUGUCAAACGAAAGGAUGCCUGAAGGACCGGCAGGCUGACAUAAAGAAUCCUGCAGCUCGUUUUCUUGCUAGCCUGCGAGCUAUUAGUUCAAAAUAAAUUUUAUUGCGACUAUACCCUUC